AUGGUGUCUGUGAACUGCCUGCUUGCCUUCUUGAGUUUGUCAUUUCUCUCUCGACUUAUGUACCCAGAAGCAGCAGUCCUCACCGUGGACCAAUGCACAGCGGAGGAGACCCGGACAGACUCGGCAUGGCUUGCCCAUUGUCAGGUCCACAAGUCUACAGACUGCAGCUGGGGCUCAGUUGGCUUUCCUGACAGUGACAAAGUAGCUUGGAAGACUGGGGAGGAGACCGGCCCAAGAAUAGCCUGGAUUGUCCAGCUGGUGGCCCGAAGCCAAGCAGGCACUGUGCCAGGGCCACAGCUGGCUGCUGCUUCCUUACGAAUUAUGGCAGAGCAUUUGUGGAAAGCCAACAGGACAGCACUUUGUGGAGGGCAACCAGGAUACUUCUGA